UAGCAUGACAACAUCGUAAAAUAUAUUGGUUUCGUCAAGACAGCCGACUGCCUCAAUAUCAUCCUCGAAUACUGUGAGAAUGGCUCGCUGCAUUCCAUCUGCAAAGCCUAUGGCAAGUUUCCCGAGAAUCUGGUGGGCGUGUACAUGACCCAGGUCCUGCAGGGCCUGCAGUAUCUGCACGACCAGGGCGUCAUCCAUCGAGACAUCAAGGGCGCCAACAUCCUGACGACCAAGGAUGGCACCGUCAAGUUGGCCGACUUUGGCGUCUCGACAAGCACCCUGGCCGGACCAGACAAGGAGGCUCAAGUGGUUGGGACGCCCUACUGGAUGGCUCCGGAAAUCAUCCAGCUCUCGGGCGCCACGUCGGCCUCCGAUAUCUGGAGCGUCGGGUGUACGGUCAUCGAGCUGCUACAAGGGAAGCCGCCGUACCAUAACCUCGCUGCGAUGCCGGCACUGUUCGCCAUCGUCAACGACGAUCAUCCCCCCCUUCCUGAGGGUGUUUCGCCGGCCGCUCGAGAUUUUCUUAUGCAGUGCUUCCAGAAAGAUCCAAAUUUGCGAGUAUCGGCGAGAAAGCUGCUGCGGCACGCCUGGAUCACCGGCUGCCGUAGAAGCGACGCGCCGGUCUCAAAAGCCCCGUCCAAUUUCAGCCAGGCUGUCGAGGAAGUGAAGCAGUGGAACAAGGCUCUCAAGUCGUCCGAGAACAAUCUCAGGGUCUCGAUAGGCUCCGAUGGCGGCGGUCUGCCGGGCCACGCGCACCGGCCAACCUUGGCCACAACGGCCAAGAUGCCCCUGAAUUUGGCAACGAAGCAGAGGCCUACGGCUAACGCUUUCCGUUCUCCUGAACUUGCCGAUGACGACAACUGGGACAACGAUUUCGCGACCGCCAUUUCGCCGAGUGCUCUCCAUCUUCCGCAGAUCAAAGGCCAGGACAAUUUCGGAGGGUUGCUGUCUGGUGAUAGACUAAAGGCUUUUGCGUCCAUCGACGGCCAACGGGAGGAUUCCGAUAAUUGGGACUCAAACUUCGAGGGCGAGCUCGUCACGAUCAAGGGGCUCGGGCAUUGGUCCGAGAUAGAACCCCAGGAGGAGACGAUCCGGCCUGUUUCCAGAAGGACGGAGAAGUCGCGGGAGCACAGGCCCAAGGUCCAGGACCAACCGGGGCACAGGCGACAGAGGAGCGGCCGAGGCUCAGCGGCUGCCGCCCAGCCGAAGUCCCCCGUCAAGCCUCUCGGGGCAAAGUUCGAGCUGCCUCCGCGGCCAGAUGUCAUCUACCGCGAGCAGUCUACCGAAGACUUCUCGGACUUAUUUGCCGACAAUGACCACAUUUUCGACAGGAGGUUAAGCCUGGCUAACAAGGAUGCGCCACAGCUAUUCCACCCCUCCGACCUCACCACCAGCGCACCGAAAUCAUCAUCGCAGUCCUCUGCCGGUGGCAGCAGCACGCGGAGAUCAAAGGACUCCUCGUCCUCGUCCUCCUCGCGGCCGGCGGUCCUCCCUGCCCUGGACCAACAACCAGUCCGCAGGCAUCGCUCUACCGUCGAGAUUACCAAGUUUGCCGAGGACGAAGGCGACGAGGACUUCUCGGACAUCUUUGGUCCCGCUGCCGGAGGCCCGCUUGCCGUCGCCGAGUCGGAGGUGAGCAGCGAUCGGGGCUCCGAGACGACGAUCGACACCCCGGCUGCCGCGCAGGGCACGGCCACCGGCCAGCAGCUGAUCCUCUCGCGCCUGUCCAACAACUCGUGGCUUGGGGAUGACGAGGACGAGGACGACCCGUUUGCCAUGCUGGAUCCGGGCUGGGACGAGAUGGAUCUAGAGGCGAAUAUUGCGCGGGACCGGCAUGCGCGGCUGGCUGAGCGGGUCGAGGAGUUGGUGAGGAGUAUGAAGAUUACCGAGGGGGAGGAGAUGGUGGGCGAGUUGGCUGAGGAUUUGGUUGCUCUGCUGUGGGAGAAUCCCGAAGUCAAGGCACUUAUUAUCGGUGCACAUGGGUUGCUGCCGAUACUGGAGAUCCUGGAGUCUUGCACGCUCAAGAGCCGGCAGCAUAUGAUUCUGCAGCUGCUCAAGAUCGUGAACGCGAUCAUCUUGGAUGAUGUGGAGCUGCAGGAGAACCUGUGCUUUGUCGGUGGGAUCCCCAUCGUCACCAAGUUUGCUGCGCGGCAAUACUCCAACGAGAUUCGGCUGGAGGCUGCCGCGUUUGUGCGGCAGAUGUAUCAGACUUCCACCCUGACGCUUCAGAUGUUUGUCAGCGCCGGCGGUCUUAAUGUCCUGGUCGAGUUCUUGGAUGAAGACUACGAGACCUCUCAGGACCUUGUCCUGAUAGGGGUCAACGGUAUCUGGAAUGUCUUUGAGCUCCAGGGGCCGACGCCGAAAAACGACUUCUGUAGGAUAUUUUCGCGCAGCAAGAUUCUUGAUCCCCUGGCUGCCAUCCUGCACAAGGUCUUGGACGAGGACAGGGACGAGCUAUCCGAGCUGGUGGAGGGCCGCAUUGUCAAUAUCUUCUACCUGUUUUCACAGGCCGAGCCUUAUGUGAAGGAGGCUGUUGCCGAGCGGCAGGUUCUGAAGACGGUGCUCAAGGACCUCCGACGGAUGACGCCGUUGCACCAGAUCACCAUGCUCAAGUUCAUCAAGAACAUGUCCAUGUGCUCGUCUGUGCUCGACGCUCUGCACUCAGCGGACGCCAUUGACUUCCUGAUCGAUGUGCUCAGCCUCUCGAUGAAGAAGGGACAGAAGAACUUCCGGGAGAUCUCCAACCAAGUGCUCAAUACCAUGUUCAACCUCUGUCGUCUCAGUAAGGAGCGGCAGGAGUACGCGGCCAGCAACGGCAUUAUCCCGCUUCUUCUCAAGAUCAUGAAGACGGACAGGCCGCCCAAGGAGUUUGUGCUGCCCAUCCUCUGCGACAUGGCCCAUUCGGGAAGCAAGGGGAGGAGAUACUUGUGGCAGAACAACGGUUUGGACUUUUAUGUCUCGCUGCUUGCGGACCAGUACUGGCAGGUCACGGCGCUUGAUGCCAUAUUCGUGUGGCUACAGGAAGAAACGGCAAAGGUGGAAAGCCAUCUGCUCGAGGGCAACUUCACCACGGCCAUCAUGGCCUGCUUCAAUCCCACCAAGGCCAACGCAUUUGAUGCGAACCUCCUGGAGCCACUGCUCAAGCUGCUGCGGUUGAGUCCGGCAGUGGCGGCGUCCCUCGCCCAGGCGGAGAUGUACGCGGGUAUCGCACAGAAGUUGAACCACAAGAAGGCCGUCGUGCGACUCAACCUGCUGCGUCUCGUGCGCAACAUCAUGGACGGAUGCGAGGCCAACAACCUGUCCAUGUCGUCGCUUAGCACAUCAGGCGCCGGUCGCCAGCUGCGCAUCCUGUUCGACGACAUCCAGGCGCUGGCGGAUAAGGACCCGGCAGUGCUGGUGCGGAAUCUGGCUUCGGAGCUCAUCAGGAGCCACAUCGACGUGGAAUUGCAGCACGAUGCCAUGGCCCUCAGUGGCCUCGGUCUGGGUGCCUCCACCAGCGCGGGAUCCAACGCCGGAUCCGGACCGCGAUCCCGCUCUGGGCCCAGACGGAACACAAGCUACACCCCUCCAGGCCUGCACCUGAGCAUGUCCAUGCCUCCAACCCCAACCCACGGCCACCGUCUGACGCAGUCAUCCUCCUCCGCAUACAUCGAGAUUGCCGCCACGCCAAAACGGUCAGCCGUGGGCCUCGCCCAAGAGCGCGAUGCCUCUCUCUACCGCCCGCGGAGUCGCGACGGCUUGCCACUCCCAAUGACGAGCCUCCCGCGUAGGGUAAGCGACACGCCACCGACGGGUCCCCUGGCGGCAACAAGCGGGAACAACAUCAUUAACAGCACCGACCCUUCGGCGACGCCGGCCUCCCGCCCGCCUUCGUCAAAAAGCCGUCUCCCGCGCACGUCAAUAUCAACACAUCAGCAGUAUCCUUCUCCCCGACCUAGCCUGACAACAGCCGCAUCGGCACCUAUUUCUAUCAUGGGAGGAGGAGGUAGGAGAGAUUCGUUCGUCAGCGCAGCUGGCAGCUCCUUCAGCAGCAGCUACAGGGAACGGGAAAGCCUGUAUAUCUACCAACAACAGAACCAGAACCAGAGCCAGGGCGCGGGUAGGAUCCGGUCCGGCUCGUCGGUCACUGUGGCGAGUAACUCGAGCGCCGGGUUCCCGGAAUACUCGGCUUCGCCGACGGGGAGUGUGCUCAACGCCAGCAUCGGCAUCGGCGCGGGCGCGGGGUUGAUGCCGCCUCCGUCUCCUGCGUAUGGGUCGUCUAUAAGCGGGAGCAGGGAGGUGAGUUCGGGGAGCGGGAGUAGUGGGAAACCACGGAGAAGUAAUAGGCCGCCUACCUCCAGCUCGAACUCCAACGCAAACUUGGGGAAUUCGGCCGGGUCGGAUGUGAAUGUGAACUUGAGGCGGCCUUAGGCAGGCCGUCCGCCAUUACUGCAGGAUCCGUUUUUCCUUGGGGAUGGGGCUGCGGCUGCGGUUAGGCGGAGGAAUAGAGGAGGGUUAGGCACUGGUCCGGGUUCUGGUGCGUAUGGUGGGCGGGGGAGGA